GGGGUGCCGGUCCAGAGGGGAGCCCAGGCCGGGUCUCUGCCCUCGCCGCAGCAGCAGCCCCCCCCCCGCCGCCCCCCCCGCCGGCAAUUCGUAAUUCCAGUGGAAAUGCCCCGUUUGGUUUGUGAGCUGGAACCACCCCCAGCCCCAGCCCCACCCGAGGGCUUUCUUCUGGCUGGUCUCCCUGCUGCUCUCCUCGCUGGUCUGGUUCAUUGCGGUGAAGGCCAGCGACCCGAGCGACGAGGCCCUGCAGAAAGGGCUGCUCAUCUCGGGGGUCAUCUUCUCGGUGCUGCUGCAGGAGGCCUUUCGCUUCCUCUACUACAAGUUGCUCAGGCGAUUGAGGGGCUGGUGGCCCUGAGUGAGGACGGGUGCUCCCCCAUCUCCAUCCAGCAGAUGGCCUACGUGGCUGGCCUGGGGUUUGGGCUGAUGAGUGGGGCCUUCUCCAUGAUCAACCUGCUGGCGGAUGCUGUGGGGCCAGGCACGGUGGGCAUCCAUGGGGACUCUCCGCUCUAUUUCCUGACUUCAGCCUUCAUGACGCUGGUGCUGAUCUUCCUCCACACCUUCUGGGGCGUCGUCUUCUUCCACGGCUGUGAGACCCGGCACUGGUGGGAGGUGGCCGUGGUCGUGCUCACGCACCUCAUCAUCUCUGGCCUAACCUUCUGGAACCCUCUCUACCUGGGCAGCCUGCUCCCCGCCUACCUGCUGAUGGCAGCUGCCGCUGUCUGGGCCUACGUGGUCUCGGGGGGCUCCAAGCAGAACCUGAGCCGCUUCCUGCUCUGCCUGCGGAGCGGGACCAGACCCCAGCCAGCAUCCUGAGCUCCCUGCAUGCCCUCGGCCGAGGCUGGGUCUUGGAGCCCCUAGCUGGGGGGCCCGGAAGCAGCUGGACCUUGGGAGUGGGGAGGGGGUGCCUGGAUGCCCCUCUGCACUGCCCCUGGCCCCCCAACCCCUCCCCUGCUCGAUCCUGUUCUUCCCAAGCAAAGACCUUGGCUCCCUCCAGCCCAGGUGGGGUGGGGUGUCUGUGUCUCUUGGCCUCCAACUCUGGGCUGGUGCUCAGAGCCUGUGGUGCUUCUGCUGAAGGCCAGACAGGAGGAGCUGGCCUCGUGACCAAAGUGGCGGGCGCUGCUGGCCUCAUGCUGCCUGCCCGAGUGCCGCCAUGUCACCCGAGGAAGUAGUGAAGACUUGACUCUGUACCAAUAAAGAGAGACCAGACUGGA